AUGUCGUACUAUCCUUCCCAGGGCUACGCGGGAGGUCAGGGCGGGUACCCGCCGCCUCAACAACAAUAUCCUCCUCAGCCAUAUGGAGCACCACCACCUCAACAAUACCCCCCACAGAGUUACGGAGGAUAUCCACCGCAAGGCCCUCCACCCCCUCAGCAGAACCAAUACGGAUAUACCCCUCACACUCCAUCUCCUCAGCCACCGUACAAUGGCGGAUAUCAUGCACCUCCACCUCAACAACCAAUGUACGGCGCUCUACCACCCCAUCCAAGUGUCUCUCCGCAACCUCCAAACGGUGCCCCAAUGUAUAGUGGUCGCGCAGGUGCGGCCCCUCCCGCACCUUCUCCCUACCCGAAUUCCUACAACAAUCAGCGCCCUUCCGGACAUGGCGUGCCUCCCCCGCCACCAACGCAGCCUGUCCAGUUCGGCCAUGGCGCUCCACAGGGAUAUAGUUUCCAAUACUCGAAUUGUACUGGAAAGCGGAAGGCCUUGUUGAUCGGUAUCAACUAUUUUGGUCAACGCGGCCAACUACGAGGUUGCAUUAACGAUGUCAAAAAUAUGUCGACGUAUCUGAACCAAAAUUUUGGCUACGCAAGGGAGGACAUGGUUAUCCUUACCGAUGACCAGCAAAAUCCAAUGAGUCAGCCAACUAAGGCAAACAUCCUGCGAGCGAUGCACUGGCUAGUGAAGGAUGCUAGACCCAACGACUCCCUCUUCUUCCAUUAUUCAGGUCAUGGUGGUCAAACGAAAGAUCUUGACGGCGACGAAGAUGAUGGAAAUGACGAGGUCAUCUAUCCUGUAGAUUUUAGAUCGGCUGGACAUAUUGUCGAUGACGAAAUGCAUAGAAUUAUGGUCAAGUCGCUUCUUCCUGGUGUCCGUCUAACUGCAAUCUUCGACUCGUGCCACUCCGGCUCGGCCCUCGAUCUUCCAUAUAUCUACUCUACCCAGGGCAUUCUCAAGGAGCCCAAUCUGGCCAAGGAGGCUGGUCAAGGUUUGCUCAGCGUUGUGUCUGCGUACGCGAGAGGAGAUGUUUCAGGCAUGCUUUCCACUGUUGGUGGAUUAAUCAAAAAGGCUACGAAAGGCGAUGCAAGUCACCAGAAGGCACGACAAACGAAAACAAGCCCCGCCGAUGUUAUUAUGUGGUCCGGAAGCAAGGAUACCCAGACAAGCCAAGACGCCACAAUUGGUGGAGAAGCUACUGGAGCUAUGUCCUGGGCCUUUAUUACCGCGUUGAAGAAGAACCCACAACAGAGCUACGUGCAACUCUUGAGGAGCAUCCGUGAUGAAUUAGCGACGAAAUAUACCCAGAAACCCCAGUUAAGUUGCAGUCAUCCGCUAAAUACCGAUCUUCUAUAUGUCAUGUAA